AUGGGAGUUGUACAGUCUUCAAUAUAUUCUACACUGAACAGUCAAUCCAAUGACUUCGAGCAACUCGAAGAGAACAUCAUUAUUGGUUCUGAGGCUGAUAUCAAAAAGAUGUCGACAUACUCAAAGUACACAAUAGAUGCUAUAUUAAGUUGUGGGAAAGAGGCUAUUCCUUUUUUACCAAUACAAGUUGAUUACUUACACCUUAACCUCCAAACAAGUAAUCAUAACAUGUUUAAAUUAUAUAUAGAGAAAGGUAUAUCUUUCUUGAAUAACUACAUCAAGGCUAAUAAAAACGUCUUUGUAGUAUCUGAGAAUACAAGUACUCCUCUGUUGGUCGCUUACUUGAUGAACCAUUGCAAUUACAACUAUGAUAAAGCACUCGAAAUGUUCCAAAAUAAAUAUCAUUGUAUAAGUGAUCCUGAAGUACUUAAACAAUUGAGUUUACUUAACCCAACUUCUUAUUGCAAAGAUACACUCGAACCCAAACUUGACUUUGCUUAUGACGAGACAAUUAAAGGAUCUCCUUUAUCUUUCAGAUAUUAA